AUGAACGGCACGCAGCCAGAGGCCGUCCGGCAGUCGAACACUGUACAGCCGGAAAGCGUUCGUUCUAAGGCUCCUCUCGUAACGGCUCAUCAUUCGGAACGAACCCAUACUGUCUCCUCGGAAACCACGAGAGCGAGACCGGAGUCAGAAGUGACACGUCUGAAUGGGAAAUUGCAAGCCGCAGAGACAGAGAUAGCUAGGUUGACGAGGGAGCUUGCUGCCCAAAAAUCCGAGGCUGAGGAUAAGCUAGAGCGGACCAAGCGCGAGCUGAAGAGGGUGUCGGAUAGAUGCACCCGCGCCACCGCGCACGCCGAGGAUCUCGAGCACCGUUUGCACAACAAGGACAGGGAGUAUCGGAGCCUUGAAGGGGAGGUGCAAGAGCUCAAGAGGGCGGCGUUACUCGCCUCGGGCGAAAAGCAGAAAAUUGAACUCCUCUUGAAGACCAGGACGGCGGAGCUACAAGAAGCGCAGUUUUACCUGGACAAGACGGACGAUACCUCGGAUAGCGAAGUCAUGCGCUGCGUCACGAACCUCAACUCAGGAAUCUACCAGACGGCCGCUACGAUAGCGGACGUCUUCGAUGGGCUCUGCGGGGUCGACCAGAACGUACAAGUCAUGGAAGAAGCGCGCGCUCAGCUCGCUGCACAUGAUCCGGCUUUACUCCCAUCACCGCUCCUCCAUGCCAUUCAGCAUCACAAUCAUGCCGAAGACCCAGUCAUAUUGCAGAUCGCUCUACAGGCACUUGUAACGGCAUAUCUCAGAUGGCUGUGCAACACUUGGGACUUCUGUGGCGGACGGGGGUCUGGUGUCCAACUUAAGCACUUGUACACGAGCAUCCAACAGAGCGAGCCGCAGUCUGUCGCCGGGAGGUGGCGGGCUCUCAGUCGUGUCCACGUCAGAGCGCUUUCCGCGGGAGACGUACAACUCCAGCAAGAGGGCGAAGACGAUCUCGCGAAACACAUUGUGACAGUCCUGUUGGCUUGUGGUGUUCCAGCGGUUCCGCAGACCCUCCUCGACGACAUGAACACGCGGUUUGGCUCAGCCAUAGGUGACGUUGUACACCUCGCUCUAGAGUUCCAGAAGAUGUCAGGGGAAAUGAUAGUUUCUCGGGACCUCACCGUGACGAUCGCGCCGAUCGAUGCCGUUUUUGACCCUGCUCUCAUGGACGACGAAUGGGGACGUCCUGCGAAGGGAAAACGCCAUCAGAUCCUAACCGAUCCCAUCUUGUGCACGACGCGGCUCGGCCUUACUCGACAGGAACGUCGGGAUGGCAGUGACGGAGAUGGUGCAGUCUUCUACGAGACAACCCUGAUUAAACCGACGGUCGUCCUCACGAGCAUGCUGGACGAGCUGUACAACGAGCAUGUCCAAGCCCGUGCAGAGCCUGACUCGGACGUUGAACUCUAG